AUGAGCAAUUCGUCUGAAAAAUUGACGCUAAAGGAGAGUACGGCUGUUUACACGGACUCCGUAUCCGUUUCGGAGAACUCCGUUACGCAUCCAACAUUGAUUAAUAGGAUGAAGGACUCAUUCAGACGUGCUGAUAUGCCUAUGAUCAUGGAGGAUGAGUCUAGUUCUUUGGAGAACGUGGAGUCUCAGGAACAUUUGACGGGAUAUAGCGCCGAUGAGAAAAUCCAGUUGAGACUCGCUACGCAACCUUUGAAGAAAAAAUUGAAACAGAGACAUCAGACAAUGCUGGCUAUUGGUGGUACUCUUGGUACUGGUUUGUUUAUUGGGUUAGGUUAUUCUUUGGCGUCGGGCCCUGGUUCUUUGCUGAUCGGGUUUUUGUUAGUUGGAACAUCAAUGUUUUGCGUGGUGCAGAGUGCGGCUGAAUUAUCAUGUCAAUUCCCUGUGUCUGGUUCCUAUGCUACCCAUGUUAGUAGAUUCAUCGAUAAAUCUAUAGGUUUCACUGUCUCUACAAAUUAUGCUUUGUCUUGGUUGAUUUCAUUCCCUAGUGAGUUGAUCGGUUUAUCGAUGACCCUUUCUUAUUGGAAUAAAGCAGUGAAUCCUUGUGUUUGGAUUGCUAUAUUUUACUUGUUUGUGAUGAUUUUAAACCUCUGUAGUGUUGAAGCCUUUGCAGAAACAGAAUUUAUAUUGUCAAUUAUUAAAGUCGUCGCUAUCAUCAUAUUCAUUAUUAUUGGCAUUGUCCUUGUAUGUGGUGGUGGACCAAACUCUCAAGGGUAUAUUGGAACUCAUUACUGGCAUGAUCCCGGUUCGUUUGCUCACCCAGUAUUUAAGUCACUCUGUAAUACAUUUGUCUCUGCAGCAUUUUCAUUUGGUGGUAGUGAAUUAGUCCUAUUAACUGCGGCUGAAUCUAAGGACGUUGGCGCCAUAUCACGUGCAGCAAAGGGUACUUUCUGGAGAAUCGCCAUUUUUUAUAUUACUACGGUGGUUGUCAUUGGUUGUUUAGUGCCAUACAACGAUGAACGAUUAUUAGGUGGUUCCUCUAGUGAAGAUGUCAGUGCGUCUCCAUUUGUCAUUGCAUUGUCUAAUGCAGGAUCCAUGGGCAGUAAAGUAGCCAAUUUUAUGAACGUCAUCAUAUUGAUUGCAGUAGUAUCUGUAGCGAACUCCUGUGUCUACGCUUCAUCAAGAGUCAUUCAAGCUUUGGGCGCCUCGGGUCAAUUACCAAGUAUCUGUGGCUAUAUAGACAAGAAAGGUAGACCCCUUGUCGGGAUCGGAAUAUGUGGUAUAUUUGGUCUUUUGGGGUUCCUUGUUGCAUCAGACAACGAAGGAACAGUAUUCACGUGGCUGUUUGCACUUUGCUCCAUUUCAUCCUUUUUCACCUGGUUCUGUAUUUGUUUCUCUCAAGUUAGAUAUAGACUUGCUUUGAAAAGACAAGGUCGGUCUACAGAUGAGAUUGCGUAUAAAUCGAUGUUAGGGUUAGCAGGUGGUAUCCUAGGUUCGAUUCUUAAUAUUCUUUUGAUUGCAGGUGAAAUAUAUGUAUCCGCAUCACCAGUAGGUGCACCCUCCACAGCACAAGCAUUUUUUGAGAAUUGUCUGAGUAUCCCUAUCAUGAUAGUGGUAUACAUAGGUCAUAAAUUAUAUGUCAAGGACUGGUCUACGUGGUACAUCGCCACUGAAGAUAUCGACUUGGAUACAGGUUGCUCCUUCGACGAUGUGGAAGCCUUUAAGAAACAAAGAUUGGAGGAGAGAGCAUAUAUUGCUUCCAGGUCUUGGUUAUACAGAAUAUAUAGAUUCUGGUGUUGA